CAUAGCAGGACUAAACAUUCAGACAAGAAGAUAAAGAAUUGUGAUCCUAUAUUGUAUUUGUUGCUGUCAAACCUCAAUAUUUCCAAACAUUCUUAAUCACAGAGAAAAUGAGCGUAGAAGUGUUGGAUGGUGCCACCAUUGUGAACUUCGUGCAGGACGAAGAAGCAUUCAACGCAUCAGUUCAUGCCCGUUUUAUGAAACUCGAUAAAAAUCACGAUGGUCUUCUUUCGUACGACGAGAUGUUAGCCGAGUUACAGAGUCUGAGAGUCUUCGAAUGCCACUUUGGUGUUGAUGUCAAGACUGAUCCGGACGAGGUGUCUCGAGUGUACAAUGCAAUGCUUGUGCAGUUUGAUCAUGACUUGAAUGGGACAGUAGACUUGAAAGAAUUCAAAGAAGAGAGCAAGAGAAUGAUGUUAGGGAUUGCAAAUGGAUUAGGGUUCUUGCCUGUUCAAAUGGUGUUGGAAGAAGGCAGCUUUCUCAAGAAUGCAGUGGAAAGGGAAUUAACCAAACUAGCAGCGGCCUAAAUUAUCAAUUUGAGAUUCAGAUUCCCUUUAGAAAUGUGUAAUAAUGUCAUCAACACACACAGACACACGUGGGUGUGUGUUUUUUUGUUUUUGUUUUUGUUUGUCGUGUCAUAAACUGUUUGCUUCAAGUUUUUUCAA